AGGAUUUGUAUUGAUUCGUAUCCAUCUCAGCGCUUCUGACAAGUCGAUCAAUUCGUCGCGAGUGUCGACGGAGACGGCCAUGAGCGGAGGUAGUCGACGGACGGCCCGCAAUCGGGGGCGGCCGCCGACUAUAGAUGCCAGUGACGGAAAAUCCCACCGCGACUCCCGCCCUGUGGAUGCGGUGAGAAAGGUUCGGAGCCGCGAUCAUGGCCCCAUCCGUCUUAUGGACGUCAGCCUCAAGACCCUUCUAUGGUUAGGGUUUGGGUUCCUGGCUUUCAUUUCUGUAUUUUUGUUGAUUUAUAAUCAUCAUUGGGAAUCUUGGCACGAGUCUCCGGCUUUGAUGAGGUUGAGGAGGGUUGUCACCCCUUUGCAGGCCUCUAAGAUGAUGGAUCUUGCCCAGUUUCAAGGAGAGCAUAAGGAAAGCCUGUACUGGGGCACAUACCGGCCCCAUGUCUAUUUCGGAAUACGAGCAAGAACUCCACAGUCACUAAUUGCUGGACUAAUGUGGAUAAGCAUGCGAAAUGGUCAGUACUUUCUUCGCCAUGUUUGCCAAGAUUCUGAUGAUCUAAGCACAUAUGGAUGGAAAGAUCACAAUGGUAGGAGCUAUGGUCGUCAAUUAAUCGUCGAUCAUGGAUUAUCAUUCACAACUAGUUUCUUAAAGGAGAAGAAGGAAGGAAGUGGCUUUGGAGGUGACUGGGCUGUCAGAUUGGAUCUACAGAAUGCAAAAUCAAUUGUACAUGAGGGCAAUGAAGAGACUACACAUCUUUUCUUUUAUAUUGCUGAUGAGGAAGGAAAUUCUUUAAAUGUAAAGAAGCAGCUAUUUGAAACACGUGAUGCCACCCUACUGGCAUUUGGAACACGCAAUGAUAUUGGAGGUUGGGAACUACAUUUAGAUUCCCAGAGACAUGUGGAUACUCAUUUUUCUGGGUUCAGAACCCAUCAUAUGCACAAUUUGACAGAACUCGUUCAGGGUACUCUCGCAUUUCAAGCAAGAAGAACUGGGGAACUUCAGCUAUCUGACACAAUUGAAGAAUCUUCAAAUGUAGUUGUUAUUCAGAUUUCAACUGUUCUUCCUGCAAAACUAGAUAUUGCUUUUGUAUCUGGAACUAAUAUGAAAGGCUCUUUGGUAGAUCAACGUCUCCACAGUCUUACAGGAGAAAUAUUGUCUACUCGUCUAGAUGAGAAGCAAAAGGAAUUUGAAGACAAGUAUCUUAGAUAUUUUAAACUGAAGGAUAAGGUUGAUUCUGAACUGAUGGCUGUUGGUAGGGCAGCCUUAGGAAAUCUGCUUGGAGGAAUUGGCUACUUCUAUGGUCAGUCAAAGAUUGCCUUACCAGAAGGUUACACUCAAAAGAAUGGGGAUAAGUUUAUUUCUUAUUGGCCAGCUGCACUUUUUACAGCUGUUCCUAGUAGAUCAUUCUUUCCAAGAGGUUUUCUUUGGGAUGAAGGCUUCCAUCAAAUGAUCAUCGGGCGUUGGGAUGCUGAUUUAUCCAUGGACAUCAUUGGGCAUUGGUUGGAUCUCAUUAAUGCUGAUGGAUGGAUUCCUCGUGAGCAGAUUUUAGGUGCUGAAGCGUUGAGUAAAGUACCUGAGGAAUUUGUUCUUCAAUAUUCAACAAAUGGGAAUCCACCAACUUUAUUUCUUGUUAUAAGAGACUUACUAAAUGGCAUACGGUCAAGUAAAUUUUCACCUCAGGAAACCGAUGAGAUCACUGAUUUCCUCAAGAGAGCCUAUGUCCGCUUGAAUGCAUGGUUCCAAUGGUUCAAUAGUACACAAUCUGGUGAGUUUUUAUUUUGAGUAAACUGUAACUAA